ACCAUAGGUCACACAAAUUGAAUGUGAAAUCACAGCAUCAGGUGGAGAAGGAAGACGCGAAAGCAGCUGCAAUGAGUGACUUACCCGUGGUGAAGAGCAGUACCCAUGAAUAGCCUUAGCCAGAGGUCGCCGUAUAGCCAGAUUGGGAUGGGAGCUGCCGGGGGCUUCCUCACCGGCUUUGUGCUCCUCAAGGCGAGUAAGAUAAUGGCCGUGGCCGCGGGCGGUACCAUUCUGGCGCUCGAGCUGGCAUGGCAGGCGGGACUGGUCAAGCUGGAUGUGCUCAAGACAUUCUCACAGCCGGAACAGGAUCAGUCCCGGGGGCAGCUGCAGGUCAGAGAAAUGUCCCUGGAGGCAGUGAAUCUUAGCCGCGUUCAGGAACUCGGGGAUAAAGCCAGGAGGGCGUGUGCAACCAGCGGUCGUCUGGGUGUGGCCUUCUUGGGCGGCUUUCUACUCGGCUUUGGAUGGGCUUAACUAAUGCAAAUUAUGAUCGCAAC